AUGGCGGAGCCCAUUCUCACCAGACCCGCAUGGGUGCAGAUACAGGAGAACAGCCAGUUCCUCAAAGACCGGCACCCCUACAUCGCUCCCCCCUUCUCAAAAGAGGUCGACCCCCAAGAGGUCGCCAUAGCUUAUGGCAGGAGACAAGUAGACAAGCUCGUGGGGGUCUUGAAGCUGGGGGACGAGCUCCCCCCUGAACAGUGCAAGCAAGCACUGCAGGCACUUUUUGACUGCAUCAGCAGCCAGGAGUCCCGAGCUCUGGCUAUCAAGUCUGGUGUGCUCCCUCACCUGCUAUCACGAACAACCGACCAGGACAGGGUCAUUAGACGCUUGGCCUGCAUAUUAGUAGCUCGCUUUAUUACCAUCCAGAGCGGAAGGGAGGCGUUUGCGAGGGACGACGGCCUGCCGAACAUUCUGGCUGGUUUGCAGGAUCCGAUUCGCGAGGUUAACCAUGCCUCAGCCGAGUGCCUACACAACUUGAGCAACUCCCCAGACGGAUCUGUCUUUCUGCGUACGAAUUCGGACACCGCUGUCCCGGCCGUCGUACAGCACGUGCAGCGGUGCAGAGCCGACGGAUCGAGUGCUGCAGGGAUGGUUAGCAUUGAAACCCUGGUCAACCUUACACGAGUCGGCAGUGGGGUCGAAGCAGUGUUGCAAGCGAACGGCGCGGACGUUCUGCUGCACUGCAUACGGACGGACGGUCCGGACGGCGCUCACCUAGAGGCGUCCGCGCGGGCCGUGUCGCAGAUCUGCCAACAUCCGCUGGGAAAGAAGAAGGUUCUCCAGUUGGACGGCCUCCCCGCCAUCACGGCGCUGCUGGGCGACGCGAUGCGCGGCCGCGGCGCGGUGCAGCAGUUGGCGACCGCGGCACUCAUGGGGCUCACUCUGGACGAGGCCGCCAAGGUCGCCAUCGUCGAGACCGCCGGGAAGCGCCUCGCGGAGCUCGUCAGCUGCGCGGACCAGGCAGUUUCUCAGAACGCCUUGUACACGCUCCAAAGCGCAGCUGAGCAUCCCACAGCGAAAGAGAUUCUGCAAGUGAGGCUGGAUCCUGCCACCAGGUUACGGGUUCUCGGCUUCUGAUCCUAACGUCGCGGUGUUUUCGGGCACAGGAUCGCACGCUUGACGUUCAAGUUUACAGUAUCCAGAUCAGGCUGCUUAUGUACCACUAAAGCAGAUCGUUUGAGAUCGUGCACACUCGUCUUUAAAAGUGAGAUCAACAGUGGCGACCUGCGGCGCACAUUGUAUGUUUGAAUUAUCUAGCUCAGCCAGCAGCUCCGUCACACAUGAAAAGGCAAGGAUGGCGGUCGCGUAAGGCCCAGCCACUUGCAUGAUAGUUCGCUCAGCCGUUUCACACUUCAGGAUCAUUGGAUGUUCGUAGUAGUGCGUCCGAGUUCAACAGAGUUUUAUACCUGA